AUGAAGCUGUGGGCAUCCGAGUUGAUGCUGUCGAGUGGUCUAUGCGCUGCCGAACUUGGUGCGCUUCUACCGGCAUCAGGUGGCGACUACACAUUUUUCCUCGCCGCCGGCAGGCCGUACGGAAAAUACGUUGACAUACCGGCCUUUCUUUCCGCCUGGGGUUCUUUUUUCGUGGAUCCUGCGUACGUGACUAUACAGGGAUUGACCUUCGCGGCAUACGUGCUCAGUCUACCGUACCCGGACUGUGUUCCGCCCAACGAGCUGCUUGUCUUGGUCGCCUGUCUGUUCAUCACUUUGGCCACAGCCGUCAACUGCUUUUCCAUCAGGACAUCUGCCAAGGUACUGGACAUUUUUUCUGGUCUCAAGUGCACCUUCCUGUACGCAGUGAUCAUCACAGGAGCAAUAUACUCAUUUCAUGAUAUCAACACUAAUGUGGGAUUUCCUUACUUUCCCGAAAUGACAGGCAAUCAUAUCUUCGAUUACCAGCCUUCAGGCACUCCUCCUUCGUCCGGAGAUAUAGUAUCGGCACUGUACUCUGCGGUCUAUAGCUACAGUGGAUGGACUUGCAUCACCUACAUCGCUGAAGAAACCAAAGACCCUGGCCGGAACAUCCCUAUCGCCAUAGCCGUCAGCACCGCCAUCACCGUGGUCACAUACCUGCUGACCAACUUAGCCUUCUUCGUCGUUCUGGACGCCGACAGCGUCAUGAGUACGGAUGUUGUAGCCGUCGCGUUCGUGCGCGUAGUGUGGGGCCAGGGUAUGGCAAGCGUCGUGCCCUUGGUCAUCGCACUGACAGUGUUCGGGUCAACGUGCGCCAGUGUGCUCGUGUGUUCGAGGGUCCUCUUCGCAGCCAGCCGACAGGGUCACCUGGCUCACGUCAUGUCCUACGUGCACGUGUACAAUGCCGUACCGCUGCUAGCCGUGGUGACUCGCUGCUUUUUAUCUCUGGCCUUUGCCCUUACCGGCUCGGUCCACUUCCUGAUAGAGGCGAGCAUCCUUCUGAACAACGUCAGAGAAGCGGCGAGCGUCGUGACGUUGUUCCUCCUGCGCCGCACGAUGCCGAACGCGCCGAGACCUUACCGGGUGCCCACCGCUGUCGCCGUGUUGAGGAUCGUCGUGUGCUUUGUGCUGGCUACAGUGACCCUAGUCCAGGUUAGGCGGUACGCGUACCAGUACGCCUUACUGGCGAUCGUGUUUGUGAUGGGGGCUUUUUACUACUACUUUUGUGUUAAGAACAAGCUUCGGCUUCGCGGAUAUGAAAAGCUGAUGGUGUUUCUUCAGAAGUGCUCCAAGUCGGCUCCCUGCACUGAAGAAUUGGAAAGCCAGAAUGUGUGUUUUACCGAUUGUGCAUAA